UAUGCAUGCAUGGUAUAAACAUUUAAACAUUGUAAAAUAUUUUUGACUUAUUGAAGUUGCUUUAAGAAGCGGUGCUCUUCAGUUAACAAGAAGAAACACGAUGGUCCUUUCAAAUUAUGCAUUCAUCUUUAUCCUGAUAGGGCUUCUAGAAUUAUCCAUCGCACACUAUGCAGAAGUACAUGCUCCUUGGAAAAUACAAAGUCGUGAAGCACACUCGUUCCUCACAGCUCCAACUAGAAACAAAAGAAGUGAUCCUGCUUGCAAUACACAUGAGGGUUAUUGUGAAGCAAACAAACAUAGCUGUAUGAUGCACAACGAACAAUCUCGGGAGCAUUAUUGUGGCCUGGGUCAUUCUUGUACUGCAACACAAGCUUGUUACCUAUCUACACCCUGUCCAGCACAUUAUGUAUUAGGCUGUACAGACAAUCAGUGUCUUUCCUUCCCAUGCGAAAAUGGAGGAACAUGUCAAGAAACAAGUUCUACCACUUACGAAUGUCAAUGUGAUCCAGGCUGGGAUCCAGCCACUAACUGUGCUGAUGAAAUAGAUGAAUGUUCAUCUAGUCCAUGUCAAAAUGGCGGUACCUGUACGGACAUGCUCAAUGAAUACGUCUGUUCCUGUACUCCUGGGUAUACAGAAAAGAAUUGUCAAACAGAUAUAGAUGAGUGCGCAUCUUAUCCUUGCCAAAACAGCGGAACUUGUACUGAUCACGUGAACGAAUAUAGCUGUUCCUGUGUUCCUGGGUAUACUGGCAUAAAUUGUCAGACAGAUUAUAACGAAUGUGGCUCAAAUCCUUGUCAAAAUGGCGGAACAUGUACUGACCACUUGAACGGAUACAGUUGUUCGUGUGUCCAAGGCUAUAAUGGAGAUGACUGUCAAACAGAUAUUAACGAAUGUGCUUCCAACCCUUGUCAACAUAAUGGAACGUGUAGAGACCAGGUGGAUGGAUACAGUUGUUCUUGUGAUUCUGGAUAUGAUGGACUGAAUUGUCAAUCAGAUAUAAACGAAUGCGCAUCUAAUCCUUGUCAGAACAGCGGAACUUGUGCAGAUCACGUGAAUAAAUAUAGCUGUUCUUGUGUUCCAGGGUACUCUGGCAUUAAUUGUCAGACAGAUAUAAAUGAAUGUGCCUCAGAUCCGUGUCAGAAUGCUGGGACGUGUACAGACCAAGUCAAUGUCUACAUGUGUACAUGUGAUCUAGGAUAUGCUGGAGUAAAUUGUCAAACAGAUAUUAAUGAGUGUGCAUCUGACCCUUGUGAAAAUGGCGGAAGUUGUACAGAUAACGUGAGCAGAUACACUUGCUCAUGUGUACCUGGGUAUAUUGGAUCAAACUGCGAGACAGAUAUAAAUGAGUGCACAUCUAUUCCAUGCCAAAAUAGCGGAACGUGUACAGAUCAACUAAACGGAUACAGCUGUUCUUGUGUUCCAGGGUAUUCUGGCUCAAAUUGUCAGACAGAUAUAAAUGAAUGUGCAUCAGAUCCGUGUCAGAAUGCUGGGACGUGUACAGACCAAGUCAAUGCCUACAUGUGUACAUGUGAUCUAGGAUAUGCUGGAGAAAAUUGUCAAACAGAUGUUAAUGAAUGUGCAUCAAACCCUUGUAAAAAUGGUGGAAGUUGUACAGAUAACGUGAACAGAUACACUUGCUCAUGUGUACCUGGGUAUAUUGGAUCUAACUGCCAGACAGAUAUGAAUGAGUGCACAUCUAUUCCAUGUCAAAAUAGCGGAACGUGUACAGAUCAUGUAAACGGAUACAGCUGUUCUUGUGUUCCAGGGUAUACUGGCUCAAAUUGUCAGACAGAUUAUAACGAAUGUGGCUCAAACCCUUGUCAAAAUGGCGGAACGUGUACUGACCAUUUGAACAGAUACAGUUGUUCAUGUAUUCCAGGCUAUAAUGGAGACAAUUGUCAAACAGAUAUAAAUGAAUGUGCAUCAAAUCCUUGUCAAAAUGGCGGAAGUUGUUCAGAUCACGUGAACGGAUACAGCUGCUCCUGUGUUCCUGGAUAUCUUGGUUUGAUAUGUCAAACAGAUAUAAAUGAAUGUGCCUCAAGCCCAUGUCAAAAUGGUGGAACAUGUAUAGACCAAGUUAAUGCUUUCAUGUGUUCGUGUAUGUUAGGAUAUGCUGGAGUUAUAUGUCAAACAGAUAUCAAUGAAUGUGCCUCAAACCCUUGUGAAAAUGGCGGAAGUUGUACAGAUGACGUGAACAAAUAUACUUGCUCAUGUGUACCUGGGUAUCUUGGAUCUAACUGCCAAACAGAUUAUGAUGAAUGUCAGUCAAAUCCCUGCAUGAAUACUGGAUCUUGCAAAAACUUAAUCAACAGCUACAGUUGUGACUGUACAGGUAGAUUCGAAGGUGACGUCUGUCAAACAGAUUGUAGACCUGGACCGGCAGAUAUCGUAUUCAUUGUUGACACUUCUUUUAGUUUAGUGACAAAUGUCAACAGAAGUCGAGAUUUCAUUACUGAAUUUAUCAAAAGAAUACCAAUUGGUCCAGAUGAAUUUCAAGUGGGUGUAAUCACAUACGAUUUUGAAACUAAUGUCCUUUUCGAUCUUGAUGAUUACAAUACUACAUCAGGUAUGAUUGCCGAACUGCAGCAUAUCAAAGGGGAAGAUGCCGCCACAUAUACAUUACCAGCUUUACAGAAGGCAAAGGAGAUGAUAACUAACAGUUCUAUGGGAGCACGUAGAGCAUCAAGUUACAUAAUAUUACUCUACGAUGGUUUAUCGACAGACAGGAAUAAAGCUGUAAAUGAAGCUAUGCUAAUUAACUCUAUUGGUGGACGUAUCAUCACUGCUGCUGUUGGCCAAUCUAUAUCAUACUCAGAGUUGUUAUUGAUUUCAGAGAAACAAUAUUACACAUUCAUCACAUCUUUUUUGGAUGAUAUGUUGAAUCAUAUUUUAAAGGAAACUGUUCCAGAAAAUUGCACAGACUGUUCUAUGGUAACAAGAUCAGAGGUCAUUCUCCUGUUAGAUACAAACAAGAACCAAACAAAAGAAGAUUAUAACCAGCGUCUAACAGCGAUUCGACGAACAAUAGAACAAGUAUUACAUUACAAUCCAAAUGCAGAUGUCGGCAUGUUUUCAUAUUCGGACGAGGUAGAACAAGUUUUUAAUUUAUCGUGGUCAUCUGAUAUCGAUGAAUUGAUCGCCGCUGCAUUGCAGGUCAGGGUUGAUAAAUUGAAUACGACUUCAAACCUAAUCCAUGCUUUAAAUCAUAUACGAGAAGGCAACUUAUUUAAAUCAUCACGGAAACUUAUUGUGUUAUUCUCUAAUGCAAAGUGGAAUAAUUUAGAUGAAAUAGACAUGGAAGUUAAAUUAUUAAAACAACAAGACAUCCAUACUUUUGGUGUAGCAUCAGGCGAGGAUUGUAACGUGGAUAAUUUUGCUAGUGUUUUAAACGAUCCUAGUUAUAUAUUUGAUGUAAAAGAUGACGGCUACACGUCCUUGGAGUCGCUUGCAGCAAUAACAAUAUAUUAUAAUUGUACUGAUAACAUUUUUAUCAAGCGACAGUGUGGUGAUAACUUAAAUGAUGAAUUAAAUAGGUAUUUUAUAUCGUCAUUAGAUGACCAGUGCCUAUCUUUUCCAUGCCAUAACGGAGCUACGUGUCAGGACACAAGUACUAGCUAUAACUGUCAAUGCGUUUCAGGCUGGGAUCCAGCAACUAAUUGCGCUACAGACUAUAACGAAUGUAGUUCAAACCCAUGUCAAAAUGGUGGAUCGUGUGUUGACCACUUCAAUAGAUACAGUUGUUCUUUCAUCCCAGGUUAUGAUGGAGUCAAUUGUCAAACAGAUAUAAAUGAAUGUGCUUCAAAUCCAUGCCAAAAUGGUGGCACGUGUACAGACCAAGUAAAUGCUUUCGUGUGUUCAUGUAUGUCAGGAUAUGCUGGAGUAAAUUGUCAAACAGAUAUUAAUGAAUGUUCAUCAAACCCUUGUGAAAAUGGCGGAAGUUGUACAGAUCAUGUCAACAGAUACACUUGCUCAUGUGUACAAGGGUAUAUUGGAUCUAACUGCCAGACAGAUUAUGAUGAAUGCCAGCCAAAUCCCUGUAUGAAUACUGGAUCAUGCAAUAACUUAAUUAACAGCUUCAGUUGUGAUUGUACAGGUAGAUACGAAGGUGAUGUCUGUCAAACAGAUUGUAGACCUGGACCGGCAGAUAUAGUAUUCAUUUUUGACACGUCUUCUAGUUUAGUGACAAAUGUCAACAAAAGUUUAGAUUUCAUUACUGAACUUAUCAAUAGAAUACUGAUUGGUCCAGAUGACUUUCAAGUGUGUGUAAUCACACACGAUUUUGAAACUAAUGUCUUUUUCGAUCUUGAUGAUCACAAUACUGCAUCUGGUAUGAUUGCCGAACUCCAGCAUAUUAAAGGGGAAGAUGCCACCACAUAUACAUUACCAGCAUUACAGAAAGCAAAGGAGAUGAUAACUUACAGUUCCAUGGGAGCACGUAGAACAUCUAGUUACAUAAUAUUACUCUACGAUGGUUUGUCAACUGACAGGAAUAACGCUGUAAAUGAGGCUAUGUUAAUAAGCUCUAUUGGUGGACGUAUCAUCACUGCUGCUGUUGGCCAAUCUAUAUCAUACUCAGAGUUGUUAUUGAUUUCAGAGAAACUAUAUUUCACAUUCAGCACAUCUUUUUUUGGAUGAUAUGUUGAAUUACAUAUUAAAGGAAACUGUUCCAAAUAAUUGCACAGACUGUUCUAUGGUAACAGGAUCAGAGGUCAUUCUCCUGUUAGAUACAAGCAAGAACCAAACAAAUGAAGAUUAUUACCAGCGUCUAACAACGAUUCGACGAACAAUAGAAAACGUAUUAACUUACAAUCCAAAUGCAGAUAUCGGCAUGUUUUCAUAUUCGGACGAGGUAGAACAAGUUUUUAAUUUAUCGUGGUCAUCUAAUAUCGAUGAAUUGAUUGCCGCUGCAUUGCAGGUCAAGGUUGAUAAAUUGAAUACGACUUCAAACCUAAGCCAUGCACUACAUUAUAUACGAGAAGGCAACUUAUUUAAAUCAUCACGGAAACUUAUUGUGUUAUUCUCUAGCGCAAAUUGGAAUAAUGUAGAUGAAAUAGACACGGAAGUUAAAUUAUCAAAACAACAAGACAUCCGUACUUUUGGUGUAGCAGCAGGCGAGGAUUGUAACGUGGAUAAUCUUGCCGGAGUUUUAAAUGAUCCUAGUUAUAUAUUUGAUGUUGAAGAUGACGACUACACGUCCUUGGAGUCGCUUGCAGCAAUAACAAAAUAUUAUAAUUGCACUGAUAACAUUUUUAUCAAGCGACAGUAAACAGUCAGAUCGUAAUAGGCAGAUUACAUUUUGUGUCAUUUCUUGUACCGAAAUUUUGUAUCAAUUGUUACGUUUCAGAGACUUAUAUUGUAGUUGUGAGUUUAUUAUAUUCAAGUUUUGAACAGUUCAUUUUUCUUGGCGUGUUAACU